AUGAAUGAGAAGCCAAAAAAAAAGCCCGCCAUAGAAUGGAGAAGCACUUCUGAAUUUGAAAAUAAUUCAAAUUACGUAAGAGUUGUGGAAUUUACUAAAUAAAACUAUUAAAAGGAAUGCUCAAUGAACAAGACAAUCACAUUUACUAAAGUCCUUUAGGUUGCUAAACAAAUGCAACAAGGAUUUCUUUGGUCUUUAUAAGUGGAGUUUUCAGACAAAACAAUUAAAAUAAUUUAGAUCUACGAAGACUUAGAUGGAGUUUUAGAGUUUGAUUCAUGCAAAGAUAACAAUUGA